AUGGAAAGUCGGUAUCCCCCGCCCCUGGGCCUGCAGGAUGAGGCUUACACCGAUUUUAGCAAUAUGUACGGCCCUGAUCAGUUCAUGAAUCCGGGACCCGCUCCCCGCCCCCCGACCGAUCGGCCCAAAUUGACCCUGCCGACCAACAGCACCAAUGCUUCCUUCGCUCAGAUGAGUCUGGACUCUCCAAGCACCCCGGGUCCGCAGUCGGCAAACCUGUCGCUCUUCCCGAAUACCAGUAGCCCGGGACUGUCUAUGAAUCGGAGCAACACCAGCCAGGGCGGGAUCGCGAUCGUCAAAGAAGGUCAUGUUCGGUGUAAAGAAGACAAGUUCCUGGCAACAUGGAACCAACGGCUCUUAAUUCUGCGAGAGUACAAACUCGAGUUCUUGAAGAAUGAUUCCAGCAAGGUGGUGAUCUCGUUUCCUUUGUCCACGGUCACUGCCGUGUCGCGUUCCGAGGAUUGCAAGAUGGCAUUCGAGAUCACUCGCUUGGCGAACCCGAAGGAUGCCACCUCGAAGAGUGUGCUGUUGACCCGCGACUUACCUACCAAGACGAUUACGUGUGAGGUCAGGUCCGAUGAUGAGAUUUAUGAGUGGAUUGAUAAAAUCUAUGAGCGCUGCCCCGGGAUGGGUGGUGUCAGCAACCCAACUAACUUCAGUCACCGAGUGCACGUUGGCUUUGACCCGCAGUCCGGUGCCUUCGUUGGCUUGCCGCCUGAGUGGGAGAAGCUUCUGACGGCCUCCGCUAUCACGAAGGAAGACUACAAGAAGAAUCCCCAGGCGGUGAUUGAGGUUCUUGAGUUUUACUCCGAUAUCAAGAUGCGCGAACAGAACCCGCAAUAUUUUGCUGGGGCCAACUCUCCUGCGGGUGGCAGUCAGCAACCCAAGCCAUAUGGCAACAGUGUCGGAAAUUCCAUCGCACCACCAAGACCACCUCCCCCGGGCCCCAUGCAACGUCUGGAUAGCGGUUUGUCAAAGCCAUCCGAUGGUUCGAUGCGCUCCGCCUCUGGCUCCGCAGGACAGGGAGACCGUGCAACGGAGCAGCAACAGCAAUUGGAACGAAUGAAGGAGAUGGCAGACCAAGAGCGUCGCCGUGUGGAAGAUGAAGCCCGUCGUAAUAAGGAGGAUCAGGAUGCUUAUAACGCAUCUAUCCCGCAGAGCCGUACCCCCAUGGCCAAACAAGAGCUCGGUGGAUAUGGAGGGGAUGAUUCCUCUCAAAACAGCCGCUACCAACCAAGUCGCCCGGCCCCCCAGGCUCCAGGUGCUGCUUCUCGCGCGCAAGACCCCCGGCAACUCACCGCACAACGUCCCGCGCCAGCGCCCCCAUCUCAAAGUCCCUACAGCCAGGGUACACCCCGCGCGCCUGGUGCAUCUCGGACCGAUGACCGCCAGGGCUCCCCAAACUCUCGCUACCCUCCUAAUGAUCCUCGAAGCCAGAGCCCAGCCAGCCGCGCCCCACAAAACGGUACAAAGGGCCAGCAAGCUGGACCCCCUCCAACUCGCCUGCCGGCGCCCGUUCAAGCUGUGAAGCCGUUGAACAUCGCCAAUAAGCAAGCUGCCGCCAAGCCGGAUAGUGUCCGCCAGGCAGAGGCCGCCCUCAGCAAGAAGGCCGAACCCCGCCAGAAGGAGGUGCGCAUGUCCGCCAUGUCAGAGAACGAGGUUAUGGAUCGGCUGCGUUCCGUGGUGUCCAAGGACAACCCGAACGAGUCAUACAGCAAGCAGCGCAAGAUUGGUCAGGGUGCCUCCGGCUCCGUGUAUGUGGCACGCGUCAAGGAAGGUGCCACCUCCGGCGUUGCCCACGAGCUCUACCGAACUUACGGCCCUCGCUGCCAGGUUGCUAUCAAGCAGAUGGACCUGCGUAGCCAGCCUCGCAAGGAGCUGAUCGUCAACGAAAUUAUUGUUAUGAAGGAUAGCCAGCAUGCAAACAUUGUUAACUUCCUCGAUUCCUUCCUCCAGGAGUCCAGCAAUGAGCUCUGGGUCGUCAUGGAGUUCAUGGAAGGUGGUGCACUGACUGAUGUGAUCGACAACAACCCCGUCAUCUCCGAGCACCAAAUUGCCACUAUCUGUGCCGAGACAUGCAAGGGUUUGGCUCAUCUCCACAGCCAGAACAUCAUUCACCGAGACAUCAAGUCCGACAACGUUCUUCUUGACCGUGUCGGUCAUGUCAAAAUCACUGAUUUCGGCUUCUGUGCCAAGCUCACUGAGUCAAAGAACAAGCGCGCGACAAUGGUCGGCACCCCUUACUGGAUGGCUCCAGAAGUCGUCAAGCAGAAAGAAUAUGGCCCCAAGGUUGACUGCUGGUCACUAGGCAUCAUGGCUAUUGAAAUGAUUGAAUCUGAGCCCCCUUACCUGAACGAGGAGCCCCUCAAGGCACUCUAUCUCAUCGCCACAAACGGAACUCCCCGCCUCAAGAAACCUGAGAAACUGACCAAGGAACUCAAGGCAUUCCUGAGUGUUUGCCUCUGCGUUGAUGUUCAUUCCCGUGCUACUGCGGAUGAACUUCUUGCCCACGAGUUCUUACAGAUGGGUUGCAGUCUUGCCUCGCUUGCCGAGCUGCUUCGCUGGAAGAAGGCCUCUGGCCAGUAA